AAAGGUUUAGAAACAGCGAGCUGUCUGUCUCUCUCUCAUAAAACUGACAUACUUGAACAUUCUGUAUUUUCUCCUCCCGGAUGAAGAAGUUUUCGUUCUUCUUAUCUUGAUGACGCGCUCUCUGUUAUUGGAGGACGUAUAUACCCUCUUGUCUUCAUGGAAAUCUCUAGCUUCUCCUAGAGUUCCUACAGAUUCUCCCCAACAGUCAAAGAUUCUUUUGGCUUGUGAUGGUGUUAGUUGAUCUCAACUAAGAUACACAGACAGGAAAGAGUUCAGAAGAGAUAUGGAGUUGUUUGAAGGUGUUGGCGAGAGCUUGUCACCGCCGAGGAGUUUCGUCGGUUUUGGUGGUUAUGAUAUAAGAAACGAUGUUUAUAAUCGGUUGAUAGAGAGUGGGAAUGAGGAAGCUGUGUGCAAUCCGGAACUUCGCGAGCUGAUAGAUGCUCACUUCAAUCGCUUGCCUGCUAGAUAUGUACUAGAUGUGGACAUGGAUAGGGUGGAAGAUGUAUUGUUACAUCAAAAGCUUCUUGCUCGAGCAAAGGAUCCAGAUAAGCGACCAGUGUUCCACGUUCGUCACAUGGAGACUAUAGAAACUAGCAAGGACGGAAAUGAUGAUUUACAACAAUGUUGGAAGAGUCAUACUUCUUCAGGGGUUGAUUACAAUGUUGAACAUGAAGGAGUUGUGUCAUCACAGAAAAGAAAUGGGGGUUGUGAGAUUGACUUUGAACCUUGCUCAAAGCUUGGUGACUUAAAGUUGGAUGUUAGAAAGAUCGCCGAGGACAUGGAGAGAAGAUAUCUUACAGAGACAUCUUCCGGAAGGCAGGAAAUUUUGCAAGUUCCAAUACAUGAAAUUAUAUUUUCUACCAUUGACAAGCCCAAACUUCUCAGCCAGCUCUCUGCUUUGCUUUCUGACAUAGGGCUGAACAUCCGUGAAGCACAUGUGUUCUCGACAACUGAUGGCUACUCGUUGGAUGUGUUUGUAGUAGAUGGGUGGCCUAUUGAGGACACAGAUGGUUUGCUCGAGGCAGUGGAGAAAGCAGUUGCAACAAGUGAGGGAUCGCUGUCUGGUUCUUCCCCUUCGCAUUCAGUCAUAGAGAAGGCACUAGCAACCCAACCUAAGUCUAGUGACUGGGAAAUUGAUAGAAGAUUGUUGAAGAUAGGAGAAAAUAUUGCGUCUGGAUCUUGUGGAGAUUUGUACCGUGGCGUUUACCUAGGUCAGGAUGUUGCUGUUAAAAUUCUUAGGUCUGAACAUCUUAAUGAAACUUUGGAGGCAGAGUUUGAGCAAGAAGUAGCAAUUCUAAGGGAGGUUCAGCAUAGGAAUGUUGUUCGUUUUAUUGGUGCAUGCACAAAGCUGCCACAUCUGUGCAUGGUAACAGAAUAUAUGCCUGGAGGGAGUCUCUAUGAUUUCUUGCAUAAGCAUCAUAAUGUCUUGGAACUCCCUUUGUUGCUGAGGUUUGCCAUCGAUGUUUCCAAAGGAAUGGAGUAUUUGCACCAGAACAGCAUAAUUCAUCGGGAUCUGAAGACAGCCAAUCUACUUAUGGACACGAACAAGGUUGUAAAGGUGGCAGAUUUUGGUGUAGCUCGGUUCCAAAACCAAGAGGGAGUAAUGACAGCAGAGACUGGGACAUACAGAUGGAUGGCACCCGAGGUUAUAAAUCAUCAACCGUAUGAUCAGAAGGCUGAUGUGUUCAGUUUUGCUAUAGUAUUAUGGGAGCUCAGAACAGGCAAGGUCCCAUAUGAUACCAUCACACCUCUACAGGCUGCCCUAGGAGUGAGACAGGGGCUUCGACCAGAACUUCCUGAUAAUACACACCCUAGACUGUUGGAGUUGAUGCAAAGAUGUUGGGAGGCAGUCCCUAGUAAUCGGCCUUCCUUCUCAGAGAUAACAGUUGAACUUGAAAACCUUCUUCAAGAGGUUCAGGAAACUUCAGAGAGUAAGUGAACAUGUGGGUUUGUAACACCCCAAGAGGCAUCUUCUGGGUUUUUGAGUGAGGAACAUUAUUCACAAUUCAUUCUAUUUUUUUUUCCCUUGCAUUCCCCCCCCCACCAAAUUUCCACUGUCUCAAUGGGUCAUCAGAAUGUUAUAGAGGUUGUUAUAGAGGUUACAUGAUGGGAGAAGAUCCAUUAACUUGUACAAUGAUUGUUUCAGCUUCUAAUGUUAAAUAGCAAUAUCUUGUUCAAUUCUGUAA